CUUUACCACAUAGUUGUCAGUGUUGCACUUCACAGGGGACUUUGAGGACACUGGAAAACACUCGGCUCUUUCUAACAAGUACCUUAUCAUUUUCUUUUUUGAUACCUAAAUGCAUUGUAAAUUAAUAUUUAAUUCAAAUUAAUUUUAGCUCAUUCAUUUAAAUUUUUUGAAAAUCUUAUCUGGUGAUUUACACUUUCUAGUAUGAAAAUAUUUCUUCUCAUUGUGCUUGCAGUGUUUUCUUUCUAGGCGUACAAGAAGUGUUUAUAUGUGUAAAUAACACUAAUAAUCUGGCAAUUGGAAUAAUCUGGAAGUGUGAUGGCUUUGAAUAAUACAACACUGCAUUCCGGUAUCAUUAACCCUUCUCUGAAAAAAAGUGAGAGAAUAUUAAUGAUAUUAAUAGUGCAAGUGUUAGUGAUGGUCUUCCUCUAUAUCAACUCUCUCCUCAUUUUCACCUUCUUCAAAAAGGAAACCUUCUACACCAACACACGUUACAUUUUCUUUGCUCACACCCUGAUUUGUGACUGUGUUUUUCUUUUCCUGUCUGACCUUUUGCUUUUACUGAUCUACUUUCAAAUGCCAAUGCCUGCCGGACUGUGUGUCAUUAUCUGCGUGGUAAUGAUCAUUCUGACUUUUGCUACACCGCUCACCCUGACGGCUAUGAGUGUGGAGCGCUACGUGGCCAUCUGUAUGCCUCUGAGACAUGUUGAGAUCUCUACUCCUCAUCGAGCUCUGUACGGCAUCCUGGUCAUCCACGCUUUCAGUAUCCUCCAGUCAUUUGUUGUUCUUCCAAUUUUUGUAGUCUCAGUCCCACUCAGCUUCUACAUCACGGACAUGAUUUGCAGCGUGGAAAUGCUCAUAGUGAAUAGCUGGCAAAGUCACCUCAAGUCUGCAGCCUCGCAGUUCUACUUUCUCAUCAUGAGCAGCACCAUCAUCUUCACCUACAUCAAAAUCUUGAAGGCUGCAAAAAUGGCCUCGACGGAUACGAAGAAGAAAUCCACCUCCAAGUGCCUCAAAACUGUUAUUCUUCACGGUUUUCAGCUUGUGCUCAGCUUGUUCCAGCUAUGGUGCCCUUUCAUAGAAAUGGCUGUGCUUCAAAUCGGAAAUCUGGAACUGUUUAUACAUAUCAGGUAUUUUGAUUAUCUUGCUUUCAUUCUCGCACCUAAAUGUCUUAAUCCCCUGAUAUAUGGUUUACGGGAUGAUCACUUUUACAUUGUUUUGAAACACUAUGCUUUUUGUGGGUUAAAUAAGAAAAUAUAUCCCAAGUUUAUUGAUCAAUAGUCGUUCAAAAUUUAAGACAAAAUCAUGUAAAAAUAUUUAGCCAUGUAUCAUAAAAUUAUAACUGUUAAAAACUGCAUCCAGUGACACUGGAACCGUGUAAUUAAAAAUCAAUGCUGGAUUAUUGGAAUGUACACAUAUUAUGUUUUUACAAAAUCUUUAAUUAACAGGGGAAAUUGCUAUGCUGACUUUUAUACAAUUAAUGUUGGUUCUACAGAUGUCCGUAUACAGGCAUGUCUUGAUUAAAUAUUUUAAUAUUCACAUUUAAUAAACUCUGAUACCUUAUAUGGAAACUGAAAAAUAAUUUGUUGCAAUUAUAUGAUUUCAGAUGUUACUCAUUCUGUGCAAGAAGGCAGCAGUGGGUAUCUCCGUGAUAAACCAUUUGAAUACCAAAGAAUUAUUACAGCCACAGCUACCAACUUGUUUUAACAAAUGAAUAAUAACCAUACAGGCCUUAUUCAUAAACUCACAAAGAAGCCUAAUUCACAAACACAUAAACUCAUAGAGGCCUAAAAAUGCCACAGCACAUCAGCACCAAACAAACUCCAUUUACAUCCAAAAUCACACAUGUUUCUUUUAAUGGUUAGGUUUUAUCUUGUUUUAUUGAUUCUAUGUAUUUUUUGCAUUGUACAGCGACCUUGAGUGUUUUGAAAGGCGCUUAUAAAUAAAAUGUAUUAUUAUUAUUAUUAUUAUUAUUAUUUAACAGCUCGAUAUACGUCCGUAAUUUUUCAUUUUUGAAAUCUGAGAAAAAAAUCCAUAAAUGUUGAAAGUAAAUUAAAAUGUAAUUCUGUUUAAUAUAAAUGUGGGUAGCACUAUGGCCUCAGACCUUCUGUUCGGGUGGUUUAAAUCCAUCCUUUUUUAGGGUAUCUGGUUUGCUCCUGCUCUGCUAAAAUAUCUGGUCAGGUAAACUAGUGCUCCUAAAAUGGCUGAAUUGUGUGAUUAUGUGCCCUGCAUGGAUAAAUGGAUGAAAAUAGUAAUUCUCAGUAUGUUGACCAUUUAUAUGAAGGGUACGCUUUCUUAUAUUCUAGUUUGUGAG